GGAGUGAUCUCGUCUGCUGUGAUCCGGCCCGGAGCAUUAGGAGUUGCAGAAGUAGCGGACUUUAAAACUUUCUGUCUGCAAGUCUGUUCGUCGCGAAAUAACACUUGAUGAAGAGUCCCUGACCGGCAAAAGGGGGAAAUAUGGCUUUUUAAAUCUGUGACAGUCUCCGUCUUCACCGUAAAGCUUCGUGUGCUUUGCUUCAGCAGCGCACUUUUACAAUACUACUCAGAAACUAUGGGGUCUUCAGGUGUCUUCACAACCUUUUCAUCCAGCCAGAGCACCGUUUUUGCUUUUGAACAAUUUAAUCGGAGCAGACGACACGAUGGCGGCAUCGAUCCUUCGCAGGAAAAUCCUUCCUCCAAUUUCCACAGGCGAGCUCGGCGCUCCCCUUCUCCGACAGGCUAGCCGCAGCCAAUCACGGCCAAGGACAGGGGCGGAGCCAGCGGAGAGGCAGCACUUAAUUGGUGAUGGUCAUUCAGAUUGGAUGACAGAAAAAGUUGAUUUGUCUUCAUUUGUGUCGACGACCGAGUCCUCUCCCAGCUCAUCUCUUCCACCCUCGCCGUUAGAACAAGAUGUCAAGGUGCCCUCGGAUCUGGAGGUCAUGACCUCUCUACUGCAGGAGGAGCUGGCUCAGCUGGAGGACUACUUCCGCUCCGAGUCCACAUCCGCAAACAAGUUGGAGAAAUCCUCAAAAUGUGACAAGGGCGCUCAAGGCAUGGGCUCCCAGUCUUAUUACCAGUUACCCUAUGGCUCAUACGGAACCAGCCAAUCAGAAACCAGCCCUGUGGUUGUUACCUUGGCAACAGGGGAGCUGGACCUGGCCAGCUUCUGCGGCGGUCCCAUCAGCAGAUCCAAAAUAGCGCGACCCGCCCCGUACAACUACCACCACCGCUACCACCACCACAACAACGGGCGAAGGAUCCUCAGCGAGUCGGUGAAAGUCAGCGAGGAAGUGGGACUGGACUCGUGGGGCGCCAGGGGAAGUUACUCAGGAAGCACAGAGCUGUCUGUGAACCACUACUCCACGCUCAAGACUGUGAGCAAGAGCAGCCUCGGCGGCGUCAAGAAGGUGAGAGAAUGUGCUUUAUCGUUGAAGGAAGAGGAGAGUUACUGUUUCUCAGAGGGAAUGUUUUGCAGCGAGGAGAUUGCGCGAGGUUUUUGUCUGGGCGGCUCGUACGACAGCCACCACAAGCGAGACGGACAGUUGAUGCACAACGUGAAGGUUAAUGUAAGUUACGACAGCACGGGGCUGGAGGUCUUGCACUGCAGCAAAGAUGGAGGACUUUCCGGGGUCGUUCCCCAAGAGACAAUGGCGGCCGGCGACGGCUACUUCCACCAGCCGAUGGCCGGCACGGAGCCUUACCAUAGCUUUAUUGGAGACCUCGAUCAGCCCACACAAGCACAGGCUGUAGAACCCCAACAUGGCCACUACCUCUAUCCAGAAUGCCUUGCAGACCAAAGCUACGAAUGUCUGUCCAGAGGGGAGGCAGAGGGCUCGCUGCUGGGCGCCCCCAUCCACCGCCCGACCCAGAGGCUAAAGGAUGAGCACUGCUCCGUCAAACCGCCUCUGGUGAUGGGCGCCUCUAUGGAGUCUGGCACUGGAGAAAGGAAGCAGAAGAAGAGAGACCAGAACAAAACUGCUGCUCACAGGUACAGGCUGCGUAAGAGGGCGGAGCUGGACUGUCUGGAGGAGGAGCUGCACGGCCUGGAGGGACAGAACCGGGAGCUCCGUGACAAGGCGGAGUCGGUGGAGCGAGAAAUCCAGUACGUCAAAGACUUACUGAUUGAGGUGUACAAGGCUCGCAGUCAGCGGCUCAAACAGGACGGCAGUGCCUAAAAAAAGAAAAGGAAAAAAAAACGCCCCACCUCCAAAAACUGAGAGCACCGAGAGAAACAUCAAGUCAAGAGCACCAACUGGUUUUUGUCUCACAAAAAUGAAAUGGUAGUUGCAUGAUUUUGGUAGUUCUUUUCUAAAAAAAAAAAAUAUAUAUAUUUGUUCCAAGAGGAUGGCCGAACAAAAAAAACACACCUUUUCCUCCCGAUUUCCAAACAAGGGUGACUAAACUCUAACCAGCCUUAGCGAUGGUGGCUUCCAGAGGAGAUGCUGAACUUGUCCGUGACCACUGUGAUCCGAACUGCACUCACAGCCUUGUGAUGACUGCGCUUUCCAUGAUUGAUCGUUUACAAAAAAUGCUCUUUGAAUUACUAAGUAGUGAUUGAAUUUUUUGCUUGUGGUUUUUGUGACACGCACACACACUCACACACACAUCGGCAGCAUCGAGGCAGAUCCAUAACUAAAUAUAUAUUUUAUUUUAUAUUUGUAUUUUUACUUAAUAUAUUCAUUUAUUAUCAUUUUUUUUGCUUUAAAUCGAAUGAAUAAAGGGAUUGCUGGAAGAAAAAAAAAAACGUGUGUAACAUGCUCUAAGAAAUACUCAUUAUCAGACACAUUUAGAAGAUUUGUAUUGCUAAAAAUGUCGAGUAUUUACACUUCUUUACCCCCACUGAGAUACCCAAUGCAUGUUUGAUUUUGGAAAAAAAAGCAUGUGCGAGUGUUAUUUGAAGGCAAUAUUCUGUUAAAUGCAUGGCUUCAAGAUAUCCACCAAGUUAUUCUUCAUACAGCCGGCGACAUUUCUCCCCCCUUGGUCGUCGGUGAGACUCAUGCUCAGGAUUUGGUUUUUCUGCUCUGACAAACACAGAAACAUUGCUUCUUUUCUUCUUCUCUCUCGGCUGUAUUUUUUGCGAGCAAACAAUCACCUGUUGACACGACAAUAAAUCGUUGUUGGGUAACGGUACGACUUCAUGGGAAUUUUCUUUUCAACUGAUCAAAUUUGAUGUAUCUGCAAUUCAGGGUCAUUUGAAUGAUGGAAUGUCAAUGUCAGGAAAUGAUUACAUCAGGAAAAUCACAGCCAAAUAAAACACUUAAUGUAGACUCA